AUGUGCCAGAAGCAGUGCCCCGACGAGAACGGGUUCAAGUGCCACUGCAUGUCGGAGUCGCACCAGCGGCAGAUGCAGGUGUUUGGCAUGGCGCCCGAGCGCGUCGUGGAGGGCUUCUUCGAGGAGUUCCUCGAGUCGUUCCUCGCCCUGAUCCGCCGCGCGCACCGCCACUCCCGCGUCGCCGCCACCGUCGUCUUCAACGAGUACAUCGCCGACCGGCACCACGUCCACAUGAACUCCACCAGGUGGGCCACGCUCACCGAGUUCGUCAAGUUCCUAGGACGCGAGGGCUACUGCAAGGUCGAGGAUACACCCAAGGGGUGGUUCAUGACCUACAUUGACCGUGACUCGGAGCAGGCCGUCAAGGCGCGCCUCAAGCGCAAGAGGAUCAAGUCAGACAUGGCUGAGGACAAGCGCCAGGAGCGCAUGAUCGCCCACCAGAUUGAGCGUGCACAGAAGUCCCUAGCCAAAGCCAAUGAUGGCGAUGACGGUAAUGUUGCCGAGGGCGAAUUUGAGUCUGAGUUCGACAGUGAAGAAGAGUAUUCAGGUUCAGAUGAUGGUGGAGAGAAACGGGAGUGUCGUGGUGUGGGUACCGACAGGGAGGAUGGCUCAAAAGAGGCCAACAAGGCAACCGGGAAGAUUGCGAUUGCUCUUCAGAAGUCUGCACCAGGGCCGAAGGUUAAUCCUUUCGAGGAUAAGCCAAAGGUGAAUCUUGGUUUCGAUGAAGAAGACUCUGGUGUCCGAGAGAAGGAGAAGGAUGAGGUGGCCAAUAAGAAGGGGAAGGAUGUGAAAGCAGCGGAGGCAAGAAAGUCAGCAUUGGAUGAGCUGAUGAAGGAUGAGGAGAAGGCCAAGGAGAGGAGCAAUAGAAAGGACUACUGGCUGUGUCCCGGGAUUGUGGUCAAGGUGAUGAGUAAAUCAUUGGCACAGAAGGGUUACUACAAGCAGAAAGGGAUGGUGAAGAAAGUGAUUGAUAAAUAUGUUGGGGAGAUUGAGAUGUUGGAGAGCAAGCAUGUUCUAAGAGUCGACCAAGAUGAGCUUGAGACUGUGAUCCCCCAGAUUGGUGGGUUGGUGCGGAUUGUGAAUGGGGCUUAUCGGGGUUCAAAUGCCAGAUUGCUCUCAGUGGAUACAGAGAAAUUCUGUGCAAAAGUGCAGGUUGAGAAAGGCCUCUAUGAUGGGAAGGUUCUCAGGGCUGUCGAAUAUGAGGACAUUUGUGCAUUUGCUGUAUACUUGGAGCCUUGGCAUGCUGAUAUUUUUGAGUUCCUUGAUCUGAGAAAGAACCAUGGGAAGGAGGAACAUCGUGCAAGGGAUCUUUUCUACGCAUUAUGGGUUCCCGAUCUAUUCAUGCAAAGGGUCCAGAAUAACGGAGAAUGGUCAUUGUUUUGCCCUAAUGAAGCUCCAGGGUUGGCUGAUUGCUGGGGCGAUGAGUUUGAGAAUUUGUACAAGAAAUAUGAAAGAGAAGGCAAGGCAAAGAAAGUUGUUCCAGCACAGACCCUCUGGUUUGACAUUUUGAAGGCACAGAUAGAAACUGGUACACCAUAUAUGCUUUACAAGGAUACGUGCAAUAGGAAGAGUAACCAGCAGAAUCUGGGCACAAUAAAAUCGUCAAAUUUGUGCACUGAGAUAAUUGAAUGCACAAGCCCUACUGAAACUGCUGUCUGCAACCUUGCAUCUAUUGCUUUACCACGCUUCGUAAGGGAAAAGGGUGUUCCUUUAGAGUCCCAUCCAUCCAAGCUUGUGGGCAGCACUGAUUCGAAAAAUAGAUAUUUUGACUUUGACAAGCUUGCUGAGGUUACCUCAACAGUUACUUAUAAUCUCAACAAAAUUAUUGAUAUCAAUUACUAUCCUGUUGAGACCGCAAAGAGAUCAAAUAUGCGGCACAGGCCAAUUGGCAUAGGUGUUCAAGGUUUGGCGGAUACUUUCAUAUUACUUGGCAUGCCAUUUGAUUCACCUGAGGCUCAGUAGUUGAAUAAGGAUAUUUUUGAAAUUUACUAUCAUGCUCUUAAAGCUUCUGCUGAACUUGCUGCUAAAGAAGGUCCUUAUGAAACAUAUGAAGGCAGUCCUGUCAGCAAGGGCAUUCUUCAACCUGACAUGUGGAAUGUAGUCCCAUCUAACACAUGGGAUUGGCCAUCUCUAAGGGAGACUAUUUCUAAAGUUGGGAUCAGAAAUUCUCUUCUUGUGGCUCCAAUGCCCACUGCUUCCACUAGUCAGAUUCUUGGCAAUAACGAGUGCUUUGAACCCUACACGUCUAACAUAUACAGUCGAUGGGUCCUAAGUUGGGAGUUUGUUGUGGUUAACAAACAUCAUCUUCAUGAUCUGACUGAAAUGGGUAUUUGGACCCCUACUCUGAAAAACCAGAUAAUACAUGAAUAUGGUUCUGUCCAAAAGAUGACAGAAAUCCCAGAUGAUCUUAAAGCAAUCUACAAGACUGUCUGGAAGAUCAAGCAGAAAACUUUGGUUGACAUGGUGGUUGAUCGUGGAUUCGUGGAUGCUAUAUUGACCAGAGCCAGAGCCUCAAUGUCCCGAACAGGGCCAGUGCGUUGGCCGCGGGCGCGGCGUGGCCUGCUCGCGCGCCCAACCGUUUAGGUGCCGCCGGCUUUU